GCGCACAGUUUGCUUCAUGUAUUCGCCAUUUUGGUUUCUCGCUCCGAGUGUGUGGCCGCUACUCCCUGAUACAACCUCUCCAGCUCCCCGAAAUCUACACGCUCGCGCGCAGACACACAACAGAGAGGCACCCGGAGAAUAGCGGCUCGACACGAACCAACAGUUUGGGCAGCAGACGAGUGUCGACGAGGGAGAAAGACCAAUUCCACACCAGGAGGGUUGUUCCUCAACAUCAGGCCUUCAGGAUGAAAGCAAACAGAAGAAAAGGAGACCAUUUCUUCUUCCCACGGAUUGAAUUUGACUUUUCAUAUUCUCAACUUUGACCUCCCUGAUUCCUGGAAAGUCAAUUAUGAUUCUUGGAUUGAUCUCUCAGGAGUUACACGAGCGACUCCUGGACCAAAGAAGCUACCAGAAUCGAAUAAAUGGGGUGGAGGAGUUGAAACGGAUCCUCUCUGAUGUGGAUAUGAAGUCUGUCGCGCCAAGCAGUAUCGAGGAGUUGAUACAUUUCCUUCCGCAUCUUCUGGAUGACAUCAACUUUAAAGUGUUGUAUGGGGCGUUGCAGGUUCUAAACCUGCUUGUUCAGAAGCUGGACACAAGUGUGGAAAGGUACAUCAAACAUAUAAUAUCUGUGGCCCUGAAGACUCUUGGUGGCGCUCACGCCAUCAUGAGGAUUGAAUACAUGUCUGUGUUCAGGCAAGUAAUGAAGUCUGUUCCUCGCCAGCAAGUAUUAGAUCUGAUCUUGGGCAGCUUGAAGCACAAAAGCUCGAGGGUGCGGGAAGAUGUUCUCAAUAUCAUCAUCGCAUCCAUGCUCACUCACCCGAGGAGUGAUUUUGACAUCCUGAAGCUUUGUUUUGAAGUCGCGCCAUUACUGGCAGAUGGUAAAAGGAAGGUCCGUCACGCGGCUCUGGAGCUCUUCGCUGUCUUCGAUCAUUGCCUUGAGACCGGGAAAAAACAGCCUCUAAUGAAAGCCGUGGAUAUGGUGGAACUGAACGAGGACGCUGAAGGACUCAUGUCUGCUGUGCAAGCAAGACGAGCGAGACACAUCCUCCCUAGACUUAAUUCAGAUGGGAUAGUCGUAUAUGGGCUGGUGGUGCCCAAACCGGGGCAGCGGGGCUCCCCUCAGUGCAGCCCGGGACCCGAUCUGGACUGGGUGAUGAACGGUGGGAGGGUCAGCAGUGCAAGAAGUUGUAGAACUGAGCCGGACUAUGACUCAUUGCAUGGUUACGGCCGACUAGGUUUGUCCAGUGAUGACCUUCCGUCGAAAAGAAGGAUCGUCAGUGCAGCAAAGGGGAAGAAGAAGCUCCCGUGGGACACACCGAGCUUCUCAUCUGAAAAUCACUGGCAAACAAGUAACCCCAACGGAAGGUGCUCGGAACAGGUGGCCUGUGAAGAUGUCCGUCCGCUUUCUCAGAGUCCAGAGGUCUAUAUACCGAGUUUCAGUUGCACUGAGCCACAGAAGCCCCAGUCUUUUCGAAGAAAGGAGUCGCCAGCUCGCCUGAGAAGAAGUGGGAGCCUUAAUUUGGACGCUGAUGUCCUGAACACCAUCAGCUUCACAGACUCUGAUAAUACUACCAAGGCUCGCCUGCUGUCGAGGAACCCGAGCGUUGAGCGGACCUUUUCUCUUCCAUCCAACUCUACAACGUCCAGCUCUUUCCUUUUGCCUUCAUACCCUUUGGCGGCCCUGCCUGGAGGAGCCUUCACCCCGACACUCUCUCGCCGCUUCGCCGACUCUUCGCUCUCUAUGUCCAACACGUGGCCCAACAAGAGAGAGGCCAGUCCAAACCAGCGAGACCCCAGCCCUUGGAGAGACGCCCCCCGUGGGGAUGUUUCUAGCAAAGGCUCUCCCAGAACUAUCCACGCAUCUCUCACAAGCCCAUCUCUACGACGCGCUCUAAAUAGCAGUAGAACCCACAUGUCCAUCUCACCCGGAUUGCCUUCUUCAGAGCCGACCUCGACCCAUAAUUCCUCAGGAAGUCCUGAGGGAAAGCAGCAAGUCAGUGACCUUCGCCUGGAGUGUGAAGAGGAGGAUAGUUUAGACUUGCAGGAGAUGAUGAACUCCCUGCGCUCGCUGCACAGCAGCGCUGCGAAGAAGCGGGCCAAAGCCAGCCUCAGCAGUUCGGACCUGGAGUUGGAUCCAGACAGCCCUGACUCAGCUGUGAGGCUGGAUUUGAGUGUGGAGUCUCCUCUGCACGCGUCCAGGACACUCACCAACUCUGCCAGUGAGAGUGGCCUCUCCAGUCUGAGCUCGGUGGUGAACUCCAGCACCAACGGCAUGAGAACCAGCUCCAGAAGCUCCUCAGGAGCGAAGCCUCCUGUUGCGAGAGUGCCUUCUGCCAAACUGAGGUCCUGUGUGUCCGUGGACUUCAGUAGCCUUCCUGGAUUGACUCAAAGGAACCAGCUCUCCCCUGAGGUUGGCAUUGUUGGACAGUGGGUCGCAAACGGGAUGACGAAAGAUGCACCAUCACCCCCUCCUGUCAAACCUGCCUUAGUCGAACCUUUCAGAACUCUUAAAGGAUCUCAAAGCAGCCGGAACUCGCCAGCCUCCGACAUGCCUGAAGGAGUGGUCGGAAGAGGCAUGUUUGGUGUCGCCCUGUCUUCCAGUCCUACAGGUCUGGCCCUGUCACAUGAGCGGGCGGAUCCAGUGUCCAAACACCUCACUGGGGUCAACGAUCCAGCCAUCAGCCUCCGAGACAGCGAUGACAUGCCACGUUUAGAUGAGGGAAAGGAGCGAGGCAGGAGGGUGAGUCGGGAGAAGAGGCAGCAUCUGGAGCAGCCGGAUGAAAGGGUGGCUCAAACCGAUCAGACGCGAGAGAAGAUCCGUCACCGAGUGAGACAGAUGCUGUCAGACUCUCCGACUGACGAUGAGAGGAUGUUCAUCAUCAAAGACCUGCAUCUGAACGGCAGCAGAAAAGAACCUUCCCCCAUGUCUCCCCUGAGCUCCGCCAGUCCAGUCAGUCCACUUGAAUCCCAAAGCACGACCAAGUGCUUCACACCCCCACACCAGCCUAGUCCCCCGACUCUUCCUCCGAACCCACAAAACAGAGCCCGUGUUCGGAGGCCUCCCAGUCUAAACAGGAGCCAGCCUGCAAUGUCGCAGAGCUCAGAUGAGUUUUCUGCUGCGACGACCAGCCUGAAGAAGAACCUGUCGGAUCCUGCUGAGCUGGGUCCAGUUUCCAAACCUGACCAGGUCCUCACACAGAGCUUGGACCUGCUGAACUCUGACGACUGGGAGAAGAAGAUUGAAGGUCUGACGUUGCUGCGCUCUCUGGCCCAGUUUCACUCAGACACUCUCCAUGGGAGACUUCAUGACGUCUGUUUGGCAUUAAUUCAAGAGGUGAAGAACCUGCGCUCAGGCGUGUCCCGGGUGGCUGUGUGCACUCUGGGUGAUUUUUACAAGCACCUGCAGAAGACGAUGGACCAGGAGCUGGAAGGAACUGUGAAAGCUUUGCUGCAGAAAACGGGCGAGAGCAACACCUUCAUCCGCCAGGAUGUGGACGCGGCAUUGGAUUGCAUGGUGGAACACUGCACCCACACGCGCUGCAUUAAUGCGCUGAUCUUCGGGGGACUCGGGCAUCUCAACACCGUGGUGAGGAGGUGCACCGCCCAACAUCUGGACACUCUGGUGCAGAAAGUCGGAGCUGCUCGUCUUCUUUCUGGAGGCAAGGAUCUGUCUGACAAGAUCCUGCCUGCAGUCACUAAGCUGGCCCAGGACUCGUCACAGGAGCCCAGGUACUACGGCCGUCGGAUGCUCCUCUUCUUGUCCUACCACCCUGACUUUGACAAGAUCCUGGAAAAAUACAUACCUGCCAAAGAGCUGCCAACUGUCCGAGACACCGUCUUCACUCUCCAAACAAAGGGUCUUACUGAGAUGCCUCAGAACACGCAGUCUGCAAGAGGCAGACGGUCACUUCCAGGGAGCGGAACAGUGAGGGCAUCGUCGCUCACGAGAGAACCAGUGAACCGGGAGUCUCACAGCAACUACACCAACAGGACACAGGCCAGGAGCAUUGCAGACAAGACUGAAUACAUCAGUCAGAUCUCCGGUCUGCUGAGCUCUAAAGACUUCAGGGAGCGGAUCAAGGGCAUCGAUCAGCUGGUGGCCGACUGCAAACACAACCCCAACAUGGUCAUCAACAGUAUCUUCCCUGUCUUUGACGCCUUCAAAGGGAGACUGCAAGAGUCCAACAGCAAAGUCAACCUUUGUGCCCUGGAGUCGCUUCCAAAGAUCAUCAUCCUGAUGAAGGACAACCUGUCUCAAGUGGUCAACUUGCUGGUCCCGGCCAUCGUCGACAAUCACCUCAACUCCAAAAACAACGCCAUCUACUCUGCUGCUGUUGGAGCCAUCAAUGCACUUAUCUCGAACAUCGACAACAUCUUCCUUCUCCAGCCAUUCUGCACCAAAGCUCGGUUCUCAGGUGGAAAAGCUAAAGUGGAUCUCAUCGAAAAGGUGGCAGAGUUGGUACCCAAGCUCUACCCGAACAAGCCGCAGAUGGUGGAGCAGAAAGUUCUUCCUCUUCUCUGGUACCUCCUGGGUUCCUCCUCGCACAGCGGCAACAUCCACAGCCGCGGGGGCACCAUCCGUGCCGCCGUCACCAACCUGUGCCAAGCCCUCUACGCCCAGAUGGGGCCCGGCUUGGCCGAGUGCGCCGCCUCGCAGCCCUUAAACGUCCACAAGAGCUUGAACGACCUUCUGAGGAACUUCUCCUGAAAACAUGUCGGACGCUGACUUUAUACUUGAAGACGGAGAUGUUCCACAUUUCUUAUCGUGCCUGCACUUUUCAAAUCAUCAAGUCCUUAAAGAUUAGGAGCUUUUUAUUCUUGUCUCAGUGAUAUUUCUCUGGUACACACACUUGCUCUCUUUGCACUUUGACUUCAUCAUGACCCAAACAUGUACUGUAGACUAAUCGAGACACUUUUUGCGGAAUGUAAUGUGAAAUGCACAAAAUUAAGAGAGACACAGAGCUAACAAAAGUUUAUAUUUUGUUUUGUCAAAUGUGACGUGAUAUUUUUCAAAUGUUUUGUGCAGUUUUUAAGAAUUGUGACUCGAGAUCAACAAGGUACAGAUGAUUGUUUGUACAGCUGCAGUGUGUAUUUGCACAGUAUUUGCUUCGUAUGUAAACGUUUGCUUUGUGAUGACACAGUUUUCUUUUAUCUAUGGUGGAUUUUUUUAAAUUUCUUUGCAUGGUGUAAUAUCAAAACAGGAGGCAUAUGAAUAAUGUGUAUAUGCCCGGAUUGUCAUUGUGUUGCAUUAUGGUGCCAGUCUUCACGUAGCCUUUUAACUCUUUGAUUUUUAAAUUAUAUAGGUCUUGUCUAUGAACAAGAGCAAAGAUAUAUUGAUGUAAAUAUAUAAAAUA